AUGGGAGACGAAGUCAAGAUAGACAAGGACACCUUCAACAAUCGGCUCUCACACUUUGUUUCGACAUGGAAGGGCGACAAACGACAGUCGAACGACGCGUUGUUCGGCGGCGUGGGAUCCAUAGUGGUUCUCUUGGGUAGGAAUGAGGAUAGUCAGUCGUUUCAGAAGAACAACGCCAUGCACUUCUGGCUACUUGGAUAUGAGUUUCCUGCUACUCUAAUGAUCUUCACAUUGGAGUCCCUCUAUAUCGUCACUACUUCGAAGAAAGCUAAACACCUUGAGCCUCUGAAGGGUGGCAAGGUCCCGAUCGAGAUCCUUGUCCGCGGCAAGGACGCGGAACAGAAUGCGAAGCAGUUUGAGAAGUGCCUCGAUGUCAUCAAAGGCGCAGGAAAGAAAGUUGGGAUCAUUGCCAAGGAUGCCUCAGCAGGGCCAUUUGCGGAGGAGUGGAAGAAGGCUUAUGGUGACAUCUCAAAAGAGGUUGAAGAAGUCGACAUCUCCCUGGCUCUUUCAGGAGCCGCCUUUGCAGUGAAGGAUGAAAACGAGCUGCGGAAUAUGCGAAACGCGUCAAGGGCUUGUACGGGACUUCUAUCAGAGUUCUUCGUCGAGGAGAUGUCAGGAAUCCUGGAUGCGGAGAAGAAAGUGACGCAUAAAGAACUCUCGGAUAAGAUUGACCAGAAGCUCGAUGACCAGAAAUUUUUCCGAAAUCUGAAGACCAAGCUACCAUCUGAUUUCGACAACAGCCAGCUUGACUUUAUGUACGGACCAAUGGUUCAGAGCGGUGGGAACUACGACCUUAAAUUAUCAGCGGCUUCUGACACUAACAAUCUACAUCCCGGUAUUAUCAUCGCUGGUCUUGGCCUUCGGUACAAGAGCUACAGCUCGAUGGUAGCUCGCACGUUCUUGGUGGAUCCCAACUCGUCUCAGGAAGCGAAUUACAAAGUGCUUCACAGCAUACAAGAUACGCUCAUUCAGGAGGCGAGGGAGGGUGUUGUCAUCAAAGACCUUUACAACAAAGCCCUGAAUAUCAUCAAGACAAAGAAGCCGGAACUGGAGAAACAUUUCCUGAAGAGUAUAGGUGGGGGGAUUGGUAUCGAGAGUCGGGACUCAACCCUCAUUAUAAACGCAAAGAAUACCAGACAGCUUAAGGAUGGAAUGACACUGAAUAUCGCCCCUGGCUUCACCGACAUUGAGAACCCAAGUCCUCAGGACAAGAAAAGCAAAGCUUAUACACUCUUCGUAUCGGACACUAUCCGCGUCAAGGGACGAUCCGAAGGCUCUGCCAACUUUACCAAUGCCGCGGCAUUGGAGCUCGGGGCAGUAUCAUUCUACUUCAAGGAUGAAGAGGAAGAAGAAACGCCGGCGCAGAAGUCGAAAGCCAAGAAAGAUCCCAAAAUUGGAGCUGUGGCAUCUAGCAACGUGGUGAAGACGAAGCUUCGUGCUGACCGCGCAAAACAGGUGGACGAAGGAGCAGAAGCACGGAGACGAGAGCAUCAGAAGGAACUCUCCCAGAAGAUCCAGCAGAAUGGCUUGGAGCAGUACAGCGAGGCAAUCGGCGAUGCGAAUGGGGUGACACAGAAGAAAUUCAAGAAAUUUGAGUCUUACAAACGGGACAAUCAGUUUCCUUCAAGGGUGGCAGACCUCUCGAUCGUAGUCGAUGUCAAGGCUUCAACAAUUGUAUUGCCAAUCAUGGGCCGGCCUGUGCCAUUCCAUAUCAAUACGAUCAAGAACGCCAGCAAAAGUGACGAAGGAGAAUUCUCCUAUCUGCGAAUCAAUUUUCUCUCGCCUGGGCAGGGUGUUGGCAGGAAAGACGACCAGCCUUUCGAGGAUGCAACAGCACACUUUGUGAGAAGCUUGACUUUCAGAUCUACGGAUUCAGAUCGAAUGCAGGAUAUCGCACAGCAGAUAACCGACCUCCGAAAGAACGCUGUGCGUCGAGAACAGGAGAAGAAAGAGCUGGAAGACGUGGUUGAGCAGGACAAGCUCAGUGUUGUCCGAAACCGUAAGCCAGUGGGUCUCGACAAUGUCUUCGCCCGGCCUGGCCUUGACGGCAAGCGUAUCGCUGGUGAACUGGAGAUCCAUAAUAACGGUCUCCGCUACCACGACCAUCGUGGCAGUCAAAUUGACAUCCUCUUCAGUAACAUGAAGCAUCUCUUCUUUCAACCCUCUACGCACGAGCUGAUCGUCAUCAUACACAUUCAUCUGAGAGAUCCGAUCAUGAUUGGAAAGAAGAAGGCCAAAGAUGUGCAAUUUUAUCGCGAAGCCACGGAUAUGGCGUUUGAUGAGACCGGAAACCGAAAGCGGAAGCACCGUUAUGGUGAUGAAGAGGAGUUCGAGCAGGAGCAGGAGGAGAGAAGACGACGAGCGCAGCUUGACAAAGUCUUCAAGAAUUUCGCAGAGAAGAUAACGGCCGCUGAUUCAGAUUCCAAGGGGGUCGACAUUCCAUUCCGAGAUCUGGGCUUUAGCGGUGUACCUAACCGCUCGAACGUGCUAUGCCAGCCCACUACUGACUGCCUGGUGCAACUGACGGAGCCGCCUUUCAUGGUACUCACCCUAGAAGAGAUUGAGAUCGUCCAUCUGGAACGUGUACAAUUUGGCUUGAAGAACUUUGAUAUGGUCUGCAUCUUCAAAGAUUUCAAUCGACCGCCUGUCCACAUCAACACAGUACCAGUGGAGAGCCUGGAGGCUGUCAAAGACUGGCUCGACUCCGUCAAUAUCCCAUACAGCGAAGGUCCUCUGAAUCUCAAUUGGGGCACUAUCAUGAAGACUGUGAUUGCGGACCCUCACCAGUUCUUUGUCGACGGUGGUUGGUCGUUCCUGACCAUGGAAUCUGACAAUGAAGACGAGGAAGACGAGGAGGAAGAGUCCGCGUUCGAAAUGUCGGACUCUGAUCUCGCUGCUGACGUGUCUGAGUCCGAGGACGAAUCGGAGUUCGAUGACGACGCUUCUGCUGAUGAAGGUGACGCAAGCGACGAUGAGAGUGGUGGAGAGGACUGGGAUGAGCUUGAGAAGAAAGCUAAGAAGAAGGACAGAGAGGGUGGUUUGGAAGAUGAGGAUUCCGGAAGGAAGAAGAAGCGGUAG